AUGCGAGUAAAUCUGGAUUGGAAAUCAAAGGCACCUGAAGCGCCACAGCAAAACCAUAAUGAUCCUUAUAUUCCGACGAUGGAAUUUAAAAAAGAUGCGAGCCCCAGUCAGAUGCCACCUGAAAAUGCGUCUGAUUCUACUAUUUCAUCCAAAGUGGGAGUGCACACAGUAGGUCCUUGGAGAAAAUGGAGUAUUUUGUUUUUUAUUUGUUAUGCUCAAUUCUGGGACAUUGUAAACGUUACAGCACCAACCAUCGCGCUACCUACAAUAGCCCGUAACCUCAACAUGACUGCCUCUCAAAAGCCAUGGAUUGUUUCUGCCUAUGCUUUAUCUUUCGCUGGGCUUCUUCUCCUCAGUGGACGACUAGCAGAUAUGCUCGGUCCCAAAAGGACAUUUAUUUUUGGGUAUUUUGUGUUGGGAAUUUCUGCUAUUAUCGCAGGAGUUUCGCCGAAUGCUAUUAUGCACUUUGUAUUCCGAGCUAUUCAAGGAAUAGGUGCAGCCUUAACCAUCCCGUCGGGUAUGUCCCUCAUUGCUACCCAUUUCCAAGGGAAACUGUUUUCUAUCGCCUUUGGAAUUUUUGCCGCCGCAGGUUGUAUUGGCAACGUCCUUGGUGUCAUAAUUGGUGGUGUCAUUGCAGCCAAAAUUGAUUGGCGAUGGAUUUAUUACAUCACGGCGAUCUGCACUUUACCAGCAGGUAUAGCAUCAAUUUUUGUAUGUGUGCACAUCGCACCAGGAAAGCCGUUCUCAUUGAAAGGAUUAGACGUUCCAGGAGUUUUCCUGGCGACUUCAGCUGUCAUACUUAUUACAUUUGCCUUUUCAGGUGCAUCAAGUUUUGGCUGGGUAACAGCAACUAUACUUGUGCCUCUCAUUCUAGGAGUGCUACUAUUUAUUGUAUUCAUCUAUGUGGAGCACAAGGUGAAAGAUCCUGUCGUCCCGCCUUCAUUAUUUUCUGUGGAGUUUUUGGUUUUUGUGGGGAUUGCCUUUAGCCUGUACUUUUGGUUUAACAGCCUGGUCUAUCAAGUUACAAUGGUUUUCGAAUAUGUUUUCGAAUGGUCUCCAUUGAGUACAGCAGUACACUUUAUUCCGCUUGGUAUGACGGGGCUUGUCGCAUCGUUUAGCAGUGGAUUUUUAAUCAAGUUUGUCCCUGUGCGAUAUAUCAUGCCCGUUUGUCAGGCGCUGAUGGUUGGCGGUGCCCUCCUCUUGUCAUUUGUUCGCCAGUCUCAUGACUACGCGCGACUUGUGAUUCCAGGGUUUUUGAUUGGAAAUGCUGGGAUGGCGUGUUGCUUCGCCCCUGUUAACAUUUCCUUGAUGGAACUCUGUCCCCGAGGAAUGGAGGGUGUUGUUGGUGCUGUAUUCAAUUCUGCUGUGCAAGUCGGCUCGGGCGUGGGGAUAGCGAUUCUGGCCCUGGCAAGUGAUUCAAUCGCGAAUUCACAUGAACAAAAUGGAAUGGAUUCAACUAAAGCGCAAGCUAUUGGGCUGGGACAAAGUUUUUACAUUCUUGUGGCUUUCUGUGGUCUACUCGUUAUGAUGUUACUUGUAACUGUGGUGUUUCGAACGCCCAGGUCAAAAGAUGUCGACACCAACGAGACAAGUCUUCAGAAACUGGAACCGGAGUUUGAACUGAGCUGA